CGCAUAAUGACUUGAUGAAGCAUAGACACACGUGCUGGAUAGUCUUGAAGGCCAGGCCUCUGCGAUAUAAAGCUGCGCUGCUGCCCGUGUAGUCCCGUGUCCAACACUUCCCAACCUUUGAAUUUUCUUUUAAUUUCCAUCCUGUGAUUAAGAACCAUUAUGUUGUUCAAAGAUUGCCUGCCACUUGUUGCCUUGGGCAGUGCGCCUGCCCUUGGGCUUACCCUGAAGCGCGACGCUCCCCCUGAAAACGCUGAUGGGGCCUACAAGGUCAGCUUUCAUUGCAGUCACGCUAUAUACCCAGGAGGACCCCAUGGAGAGCCGAACAACUACUCGCAUAGCAGCAGUCUUGAACUGUUGGUUCCCGAUGGAUCGUCACUCCUGGCAGAGGAAUGCCACGCACCAGACGGCAAACCGGCAGUCAACGAAUGUACCUUUAAGAAUGAUGUACUCGAUGCAGGAUCUCUGACGGUCCAUGUCUGGUCGGACCCUGGUAAUUGCCACCUGGACUUCGGGUAUAAAGGAGAGAGCUUCACCGCGAAAUCGGACAAGUGUGGCCAUGAAAAUGGAGGGUUUGAGCCUUUCGCAAGCGACAAAACAGCUGUAUGCUACUUCGAUGCUUGAUUGGUUGUGUUGAUGUGAAACGGGGAAAUUGGGUGAUACUCUGGUGCUGUACGGUGCUCAUUCCCGGAGGUACAUGUGUCAUUGCAUUAGUUUGGAUGAGGCUCCACGUUCAAGCAGACCUGGGUUAUGUCAUGUAUUCGUUCAAGAAGUAAAUAUGGCUAUUGUGACGGAGACCUGGAGGGGUGUUGUCUCCGACAGUUUUGAUAUACGCAUCCUUCACAACCAAGUGAAUGCAGUCGAAGCCAAAGUAUAGAGCACCGGC